CUCCCCCAAAUGCACCAGAGGCCCCCAAAAUGCCCCAAAUCCCAAUCAAACCCCUGGCAAAGAGGGAUCACCUGGUGCCCUGGGACAGGAACACAGUGGGCUGUACUGGGGGCACUGGGCUGUACUGGGAGAGCCCUCAUCCCCAAAGCCCCUCCCCUGGGCAUCCGUGCCACGGUCUGGGAACCACAGCGGGGUUGGAUCAAGGGGUGCACUUGAUGAUCUGGGAGGUCUUUUCCAAGCCGGCUUAUUCUGGAAUUCUCUGGGUGCCAUUGCCAGGGCAGCACAUGCUGGAGGCUCUGUCCACAGGGGAUAGAUGUGUCUGUGCAGACAGAGAGACAAGGUUGCUGUGCUGGAGAGCAGGCCCUGAGGUGCCCCUGAGCAAUGGCCCGGAGGUGAGCCCAGAGCUGGCCCUGAGGUGGCCCUGAGAAGAAGUGGAAGGCAGAGGUGGUGCUGAGGCAGGAGAGCCCCGUGCUGGGGAAGAGGCUGAGCUGGGAGUGCCCAGCAGCGAGAAGGUGCUGUGUGCAUGCCCUGUGUGCCAGGUUUUUAUCGUCCCAGGAUGCCCGGUGAGUUCUAGAGAUGGACUUGGGCAGGAGGAACCCCCAAACCAACACACUCAGCCCUUGUUUCCCCCCAGCAGGAUUUGUCCUUCCCAAAUCUUGAGCAGAUGGAGGAGGAGACUCCGAGGAAGAGGAAAAAGCUGUGGGCCCCCCAGGCAGGCCCCGAGCUGAGGACGGAGAGCACGGAGGACAAAUUCCCCCGGCAGAGCCUGGUGGGAGAGGCCGUUUUGAAGGGCUCCCCGGCACAGGAAGGCAGCGGGGAGGAAAAGGCCCGGAGAUGCCCCCGGAGGAGGGGCUGCAAAGCCAGCCGAGGGAGCUCUGAGGAGGAAAGACCCGUCAUGUGCCGGGAAGGCGGCCGGAGCUUGAGCCAGAGCUCUGAGCUGGUUGUCCCUGAGCAGCCUCCCAGCAGGGAGAAGCCCUUCAGGUGCUUGGAAUGUGGGAAGAGCUUUAGAACGAGCUCCAACCUCCUCACCCACCAGCACAUCCACACUGGGGCACGGCCCUACCCUUGUGGGGAAUGUGGGAAGAGGUUUCGAACCAGGCCAAAUCUCCUCGCGCAUGAGCAGACACACACGGGGGAGAGGCCCUUCCGCUGCACCGACUGCGGGAAGAGCUUCACCCGGAAUGGCAACCUUGUCACCCACCGGCACAUCCACACCGGGGAGAGGCCCUACAAGUGUGGGGAGUGUGGGAAGAGCUUCAACCGGAGCUCCAACCUGAUCCAACACCAGCACAUCCACACUAGGGAACAACCCUACAAGUGCUUGGAAUGUGGGAAGAGGUUUCAGCGCAGUUCAGAUCUCCUCAGGCAUGAGCAGACACACACAGGGGAGAGGCCCUUCCGCUGCACCAACUGCGGGAAGGCCUUCAGUUUGAACUCCAGCCUCAUCAGGCACCGGCGCAUCCACACUGGGGAGAGGCCCUACAAGUGUGGGGAGUGUGGGAAGAGCUUCAACCGGAGCUCCAACUUGACCAGACACCAACAGACCCACUGCUAAGGGAAACCCCACGAGUGCCCUGACUGCGGGAAGAGCUUCGGCCGCUGCUCCCGCCCCGAAUGACCCCCCUGAUGGUGAGGCAACCCCUGGAGUCCAGUGACUGUCAGUCCAUCCCUUUCUAGCAGAAAGGGUCACUCCCCUUUCCCAGGGGCAGGUUCUGCCAACAGAGCCCUUCUUGGGGGGUGUGUGGAGAUUCCUGCCUUGGCUGGGGACACCCCAAGGUCACUGCUGGAGUUUGAGAGCAGAGAUCUCCCCCCGAGUGUUGGUCUGGGGGAGUUCCAUCCCUCUCUAAUUCAUAAUUCUUGCUUUGGUGCCAGCUUGAGUAGAAUUGCUUCAACAAUUGCUUUAGUGUAGAGCACUGUCCGAUGUUAUGCUGUACUACUAGUAGUUUUAGUGUUUCCAUUGUGCAGUAAAUAAUUCUGAUGAAGAUCUUUUGUCUGAUCAUUUGUAACCCUAAAUAAUUGAUUUCUAUCAAUAGAUCUGAUUUGUCAUCAUUAAAGCCCUGAGGAACAAAA